UCAGUCAUAGCUUGUGGCCAAACCUACGAAAACCAUGAAUAUAUUCAUAAAUUGAAAAAUACUCCACUAUACAUCGCCCACUCUGAGAUGAAUCAUGCAUUUAUAGCAUUUUAGAACUCCAUACUGCAGCUUGAAACUAAACAAUACAUUUUAUUUAAAUUAUUCCAGCACAUUACAGCUCACUUCUAGAGUCGUAAUGCUUUAGGGACACCACAUUACAGAAUACUCUUCCUUCUGGAUGUGUGUACCGACCGUCAGGUUAACCCUUUGUGGGGAAAACGAUGCUUAAAGAAAAGAAAAAAAGGCAAUUCUCUGUGAGAUGGAGCGAGUUUUGGGGUGUCCUCGCUCCUGAUUGGUCCAAAACUAUCCGAACUGGAGAUCUCCGUCCAAUCAGGAGCUGCGCGUGCUGCCCAGCGAAAGCCACCUGCUCAGAACGGACUUCAAACCGCGGAGGGAGCGCGUGCGUGCGCGAGACGGAUCUCUUGAGGGGAUCUGAUGACUUUUUCCAGCACGCGAGUGUUUUUUUUUUUGUUGCUACGAAUCUCCGUUUCUGAACGCUUGUGUAGGUCGAGAAGGCGCUGCGUUUCAACAUGCACGGAGUUGAGCUAAUGAAGAGCAGCUUAAUCAGUGGACCUGUUUUCUAAUAACCAUAGUCAUGUUAAAAGCCUUAAAGAUGAAGCAUCUCUCAGCUCUGCUGGUUUUGUGCUUGCACAUGGUCAUAUCUGAGGCAGAGCCCAGUGUAGCACUAGGCCCGCUAGGAUGGAGGGAAAACGAUAAGGAUAAAAGCAUUUCUCAGCAUGGUUCGCGCUCAGAUCUUCUCAAACCUGUGUGGCUUUUCUCACACCUGUCCUUAACCAGUGAAGCCCCCCAGCAGCCUGCAGUACAAGACCUGUGGGCCUGGCUGUUUAAUCGCACAGAAGAGAACGAACAUAGUCUGGCUAGAGCCAAGCGGCGACCCAUCGUCAAGACGGGCAAAUUCAAGAAGAUGUUCGGUUGGGGUGACUUCCAUUCAAACAUUAAGACCGUCAACCUCAACCUAUUCAUCAGAGGCAAGAUUGUUGACCACGGCAAUGGCACGUUCAGCGUCUACUUCCGUCACAACUCCACAGGUCUCGGCAACGUGUCGGUGAGCCUGGUGCCGCCUUCCAAGGUUGUCGACUUUGAGAUCAGCCAACAGGAAACCCUGGACGUCCCCAAAGACACCAAGUCCUUCAACUGCAGAGUGGAGUACGAGAAGACCGACCGGAACAAGAGGACAUCCUUUUGCAGCCACGACACAGGCAGGGCGUGCUUCCAGGAACAGACGCAUAGCCACAUCUCCUGGCUGUGCUCCAAGCCCUUUAAAGUCAUCUGCAUCUACAUUGACUUCUUCAGCGCUGACUACAAACUGCUGCAGAAGGUCUGCCCGGACUACAAUUACCACAGUGACAUGCCUUAUACUUCAAUGGGGUAGAGUUCCAAGAUUGCCACGAGCUUAACACGUCUGUGGAAUUGAAUUUCUGUUAUCACAGCCCACCUUUCCUUGUUACCUUCUUGUGAUGAGUGGGCAGAAGAAAGUAAAGCAAGUUGAAGGUACUGCUAUGAGCAAUCCUCAUGGAAGGUUCGAGAUUAUUUUAAGGAAAAGAAUCUUACAAAUCUGUAAAGCCUAACAAAUUUUGUCAUGAUCCACCUUUUGAUAAUGUUCCGUGUUUUGCAUGUUGUAAUAGUAUUUGUAAACUUGAUCGUCAACAGUACUUCGGUGGACGUACACACUCGCAAACGUUCGUUCAGUCAUUCACCUUGAACUAUGAUUCCUUACCAGAUGAUAAAGAGAACAAAUCCUCUGUUUCUGAUGUCCAUUAUGACAUUACCCCUUAAAUGUGCUCAGUGACAUCUUUAUGUCGUCCGCCAAGAAAACAAGCUAUGACGUGAUACGUUUUAUAAUCGUAGUGAAUACCCGUCUUCUUGAUUCAUUCUGUACAAUUCGUUUUUAUCAUUAAAAAGCUGUGAUCCCCAGACA